GUAUGUGGUCAGCAACAAGACGAACGACCAGUUCAGCGCCAAGGGGCUCGCCUCGUACCUCCGCAAGAAGGGCGUGGAGGCGGACGAGGGCCACGGUGACCCCGAGGGGGCCGUGAUCACGAAUGCGCACAAGCUGCUGGAGCUCCUCGACGCUGCGGUUGGCGCAGGCCCCCUCUGGAAGCACGAGUUCGUCCGCGAGUUGGUAGGGCGGGCUUGGCUGGAGGACCUCUUCCCGGCCAUGAAGGAGGCGUACGAGCCGCAGCCGCUGGACUACGGCCGCAACUCGCGGUACGGAGACAAGUGGCGGAUCUCUUGCUACCUGGUGGUGAUGGAGAAUUGGAAGCCUAAGAUCAUGCCUCACGACCCGAUGGUCCGGUGCAUGGGCCCGGUGAUGGAUGCUUGCGUGGAGAAGUUCCGCGAGUGGCAUUGCCGCAGGCGGGCGCUGGCGUCCGCUGAGGUUUCGGUCAUGAACGCUUUCGUCACCCGGUACCGUCCCAUACAGGAGGAGGACCAGCUCAAGAGGCACAUCGACGGCGCGAACGUUGACGGAUCGGUGAUCCAGAAGAGCAAAAAUCGGCAUGAGCAUCAAUUCUCGGAGGUCCGCGCGGGCCUGUUGGGACGGCGCCUGACCUCCCUCGCCUCCCCGCAACCGCUGGUUUUGCGCCUCUGGCGCCACCUCUGGCGCGCUCCGCGCGCAGGGGUUUGGGGUCCCAAAACCGUGUGCUGACGGCCAGCGCGGUGACCUCGGAUCCCCACGAG